AGAGCGAAGAGCCCUAAAAACAGAGCCCCCCAAGAGCCCUAAAACAGAGGCCCUGUUUUCUUUCAUGGUGGUGAUUAUAGGGUCUAGGAUCGCGGCUCCAUUGGCGUCAAUCCCGCGAUUCCCAGCAGCGCCCAGGAGCCGAUUCGCGAGCUGCAAGCCCAUGGCGCAAGAAAUUCCCACCGCGGAGGCCGCGAAGGAGGACGUCCUCAUCCAAUACGUGGUCAUUCGCAAGGAUCUCGUGGAGACGAUGAAAUGGCCGUUGGGGAGCGUGAUUUCACAGGGCUGCCAUGCCGCGGUGGCUGCCGUGUGGAUGCAUCGCGGAGAUCCAGACACGAUCGAGUACUGCUCGCCCGAGAAGAUCGACACAAUGCACAAGGUGACCCUGGAGGUGAAAGGCGAGAUCCAGCUCCUCAAUCUCUCCAAGAAGCUGGCAGAGGCAUCGAUCGAUCACAAGCUGUGGAUCGAGCAGCCAGAGAACCUUCCUACGUGCCUGGCCACAAAGCCGUGUUGGAAGUCGCGCGUUUCUUCCCAUUUCAAGAAGCUCAAGCUGUGUAGCUAGUGUUUUCAGCGCGCUUCCAUUGGCAAUGAGAACUAGGGUUUUUGGGAUAAA